UCCCCUUCCAGUCCAGAGAUCACCGCCCGGGAUGGGUUUCAGCAAACCGUCCAACAUGGCGGCUGGCAGGUUGCGGGUGGCGGUGAUCGGUGCUGGGGGGGCGGGGCUCUGCAGCGCCCGUCACAUCCUCUCCCGCCCUUCGGCCUUUCAACCCCCCGUCGUGUUUGAGAAGAUGGGACAAGUGGGGGGAACCUGGCUGUACACGGAAGAGGCGGACGCCGGCACGCCCACCCACUCCAGCAUGUACAGAGACUUGCAAACCAAUCUCCCUAAAGAGGUCAUGGAGUUCCCUGAUUUUGCUUUUGACCCAUCCCUGCCCUCCUUCAUCCACCACUCCGAAGUCUUGAAAUACCUGGAGGAUUAUGCAGACAGGUUCUCCAUCCGACCCCACAUCAAGUUUAAUACCUGGGUGGUGUCCAUCACUCCUGUACUGGGGGAAAGGAAGAACGCAGAGGUUUCCUGGGAUGUGACUUCCCAAACUCAGGGCAACGGUGAUCCUGUGACAGAGAGGUUUGAUGCCAUCAUGGUGUGUGUCGGACACUACUCCCAUCCAUACAUGCCGCACAUUGAAGGAUUGGAGGAGUUUCAAGGUCAAGUGCUCCACAGCCAUUAUUUCCGCUACCCAGAGGCCUUCUCUUCCCGGUCAGUUGUCCUCCUGGGUGCAGGACCUUCUGGAGUUGAUAUUGCCCUGGAUUUAUCCCCACAUGCUAAGCAAGUCAUUCUGAGUCACCGAGGUCCUCCUUCACAGUGGAAGUCACCAGAGAACCUCUCAUUCGUGCCUCCAGUGGUCCGGGCUACUUCCACUACUCUGAUUUGUGAAGACGGGACAGAAAUCAUGGCAGACGCUAUGCUUUUUUGUACCGGGUAUAAAUAUCACUACCCAUUUUUGUUGACUGACAGUGGAGUGAUGGUCAACCAAAAGAUGGACCAGAGAGAGAACUUGAUGCCAACAAAUGUGGAUGAACUGAAAAAAGAAAACCCUCAGCUGAAUGAAACACUAAAUGUGGAAUCAGACCUUCCUAGAGUGAACUUGUUGGAGGAUGAAGCCAUUGUGGGAACGGAUGUGGAACAAGGUCACCUCCCUCCGCUCUACAAGCACCUCUUUCAUGCCCGCUACCCUACUCUGGGCUUCAUCGGAGCUUGCAAAAUUGUGAUCCCUUUCCCAUUAUUUCAUUGCCAGGUUCAGUUUUUUCUGUCUGUCCUGGAGGGUAAAUGCCAGCUGCCUCCUCCAGAAGAAAUGCUCUUAGAAUCCCGCGAAGAGGUCGUAAAAACCCGGAAUUCUGGAAUACCCUUGAAAUAUCUUCACCGCCUUGCAGCAAACCAGUGGGAGUACAACCAAUGGCUUGCAGAUACAACAGGAUUUGAGCCAUUGGCCCCUGUGCUUGUCAAAAUAUUUGAAGCUACUCAGGACCACCGUAAUAUUGACCCUUUACUAUACCGAAGACUUAUGUUUCGGAUCUUGAACAGAGAGGAGUUUGAGAUGCUGUGA